GUUCACUAAUGUAAAGGCAGCAAUAGGAAUCCAGUCUAUAAUAACGCUUAGGGUUUGUGUAAUAAUAUCACAAGAAUCAUCCCAAUACCCUCGAAUUGAAACCUCUUAAGGAAUACAAGACAUAAUAGAACUAAAAGUAAAUUGUAAUGUUUAUACUUAAUAGGAAGCCUAAAGAACUGGAAGAAUAACCAAAGUCAUCAUUAAUGGACAAUUUAAAUAGAAUUAACAAUCUCUACAAAGCAGUAUCUCAACCUCGAAUUGACGCCAAAGAAAUCAACCCACCUCAAUACUUCUACAAUUAUAAAUAAGGGUAAUAGAAACCAGUACCAACUACUGCUAAGGCUAUAAAAGAGAACCAGAUUAUUAAGACCUUUUUGAACAGUAAUGAACUCUCAUUGAAAGACUAUGACUUGUAACCUACAAAAGGAAAUGCAUUUACUGCAAAGUCAGCUUCUCCAAUCAAUUUCAGCGUCAAUAAAAGCCCAUUGAACAAAGUCGCUCGAACUGACUCGGUUUUAGGCAAUAAAAAAACAAAUGAACCAGUUGUAACAUUUUUAAAAGGUGUAUAUUGA